AUGCCUGCAGACAUGACGUCCCAGAGGAUGCCAGCCAUGACGCAGCAGUCGAUACAGCAGUCGAAGCCGUCUGAACCCUCCCGUCCUAGUGAGACCCGAUUUUACGCACAAACAAACCGCAAGCCUCUGCAGAGGAACUCGCCAAUCGUUCCAGUCACCAACCAGACACCGUUCUCGUCCUUGCCUUCGCAUAUUGUUGAUCAACAGAUCGAGGGAUCGACCUCGAAGAGGAGGAAGUCGAUUCGGGAACAAAGUCCGACAAUUGGUGGGCCUGUGUCGACACGACGCACGACGAUUCACUCUCAUUCCGGCUCCCAGAACCAAUCUGAAACUCCGUUCCCCAAAGCGGUUGGCAAUCAUACACCCCCAGAAAGCAGUGAAUUCCUUCCCGCGAUCAACUUCGAUGAUUUCCAUAAUAGUAUCUCGUCGAAAGAGCCGAGUUUAAGCCACUUCCCCAUGCCGGGGCAACUUAUACCUGGCUUUGGAUCCGCUCCGUCGCCCUCGAAAUCGACUCCACGCUGGUCAACUACUCCGUCUACUACGGGCCCGAAAUCUGCCAGACCUACCACGCUCGCCAGAAGACAAAGCAACGCUGCUGCUCAAAGGCCGGAUGGCGAAGGUGUAGCUGUAGGAGGGGCCUCUAACUCAAUGGGGCAACCACCUGCUCCUGUAGCUGCGCGGGCAAGACGGCAAAGCCAUGUUGCACCUCCAACUUCUUCUAUUGCUGUUUCUAGGCCUCCCCGGAAAUCUAUCGGUCCUGGCGCACUGGUCACUUCUCAUACAAACGGUGAUGACGGUCUUCCACGGAGGCGUCAGAGUUUUGCAAAGAGAAAUGCAGCUGGGGAAAUACGGGUCAAUACGGGUGCAAACCGCACGAGUCAUCAGCCAACCGAGCAGUCCACCGGUCCAUCUUUUCUCAACACGACCAGAAGCCAGAAGGCAAAAUCAUUACAGGCUGUCAGUCGCGGGAACAGGGACACUCAAAUAACUCCUUCUGGCGGAUCUGACCAUUCUCGAUCCUCGUCAAACACUGCCAUUCGAACCCCUGGGAAAGGUACUACGGGCUCAAACACGAACCAAUCAUCGAAACGGUCGUCAAUCAUGCCUCACCACCCGACUGGCCUGGGUGCAAGGACCAUUUCGCCAACCGACGCCAGGAGGAUGAAACGGAUGUCCCUUGUCCCCAAUCCGCCACCAAUACCUCAACGAUCGCCUACUCAGCUAGAGCUAGGCUUCCCGCGCCCACGCUCCUCGGCUCAAUCACCAUCCAUGAUCCCGCGCAAGAGCGUAACUCCAUCAUCUGCCCGCACUACACCAGACCCACACCGGAAAUCCUACAGCUCAGGGAUAUCUCUUUCGUCAAAUACAACCUAUAACUCUGCUCGAAAUUCUAGCGGCUCUCUACAAGGGAGGCUUUCACAGACCGUGUCAACAUCAAGACUUCCAACUCCUAAACCUCGGACUGAACACUCAAGUCAGGAGGAGGAGGAAGUGCCCCCAGUUCCAGCCAUCCCAAAAGCGUACGAGUCACCGAAAAGCGAAGGCCCCAUUCCUCCGACGUUUACCCCUCGACAAACAAGCAUGCCCUUCGAGCUAGAAGCGCGAAAGCAGUCAUUGAAGGAUCCACCUCCGACUGCGGAAGUUGAAGCGCCAUCUACACCAUCUAAUCAAACGUCUAUGGGAGAUGCGAGGAUGCACCAUGACAGCCGUGUCUUUAGUUCCGAAUUUAAACCACGAGCCGCCGGUAACCACGGGAAGAGGAGCCUUCAACCACUUAAGUUACCGCCUCUGAACCUAAUGCCUCUGAGCGGCCCUGUUGCGAGUAAAAUAAAUGCUCUACGGGAUAGGGAAGUAAAGGAACCUGUUGUCAACCCAUCCACUACGCCGCCUCCACCCCGUCAAAUGGCUACAAAGACACCGACUACCCCUAUGACUGCGUCUAAAACUACUUUCCCUUCACACAUCACUCAAGAGCCUACACCGAUACCUAUCCUCGCGUCCAGAAGUAACAGUUCACAGUUCACACUCCCCUAUCAAACUGGUUAUCGCGCGCAAAACAGUUCAAGCGCACUAGACUUUAUGGGCCUGUCUUCAAACAGAACCAUGUCUCCUUAUAUAUCUUCCUCUCUUCCUAGAGGCUCUGAGGAACUUAAUUCUAUCCGUGAUAAGGUUGCGUCCAAACCAUCCACCAGCAAACUAACUGGACCACGCCCGCAGACACAAAUCUCGACCAUAUCCACCUCUGACACAUUUAGCUUUAAAUAUGAGCCCGAUUGCACGGAUCCUGACCCAAGUCCGACCGUUGUACCACCAUCCCCGCCAAGAAAGAUCAGUCUUGACCAAGUUAGACAUGUCGGCGGCAGCGACGUUGGAUCAGGCGACACGGCCAAGUUUGAUAACAUGCCUCCUCCCAAGCUUCCUGCGUCAGCGAUAGUAAAUAAUGUAUCACGAACCAGCCCAGCUUCGAAUACAAACUAUGCGCCUGCAAAGAGGAAGCAGUCUAUUUCCAAUGUCGUUGCUAGCAUCUCUUCGCGCCGGAACAAGAGUUUAAGCGGCGAACCGGGACCGACUGUUGUAACUCGUUCAUCCAUGGAAAUGGCAGACGAAGCACAGCCAGUUCGAAACUCUUCCUCCAUAUUAAACCCCGUACAGCGGCUACUCGGAGGCCCACGACCAUCGCCCGCCCCUGCCCCGAAACCACGAGUUGAGGAAGGGGAGCUUGAUCGUGACGAUCUAGCAGCUGAAGAGGAGAUGCGAAAGCUUGGAAGCAAGCGCAAAGACUUCGAAUCGGCAGCUAGAGAGCUAGAUGAACUUCGGAGACGGGCCGGUCCUAAGGAACGAGCAUCCCCAGCCCAGGCUCUUAAGAUCGCAAGCCUUAAUAUCUUUGAACGCGGAGAAAUCAUCGACUACAAGGACAUCUACUUUUGCGGCACGCACAAAGCCAAGAAGCAUGUCGGUGAUCUCAACACUCAGACUGCUAACUUUGGCUAUGACGAUGACCGUGGUGACUAUAACAUCGUUAUGGGUGAUCAUAUUGCAUACCGAUAUGAGAUUGUGGAUCUUCUUGGAAAGGGCAGUUUUGGUCAAGUCGUGCGAUGUGUGGAUCAUAAAACAGGUACGCUUGUUGCAGUCAAGAUCAUCCGCAAUAAGAAACGGUUCCAUCAACAGGCGUUGGUCGAGGUGAACAUCCUUCAAAAACUUAAGGAAUGGGAUCCACAAAAUCGGCAUAGCGUUGUCAACUUUACUCAAAGCUUUUAUUUCCGUGGCCACUUGUGCAUAUCUACGGAGUUGCUUGGUAUAAACCUUUAUGAAUUCAUCAAAGCCCAUGAUUUCCGAGGAUUCUCCUUGAAGAUUAUCCGUCGCUUCACAAAACAGAUGUUGAUGUCAUUGAUACUCCUUCAUAAUCAUAAGGUGGUGCAUUGUGACAUGAAACCGGAAAAUGUCCUUCUUGUGCAUCCUCUCCGUGGAGAUAUUAAAGUUAUCGACUUUGGAUCAAGUUGCUUUGAGAAUGAGAAGGUAUAUACUUAUAUCCAGAGUCGUUUCUACCGCUCACCGGAGGUUAUACUCGAGCUGUAUACCGGAUAUCCACUUUUCCCUGGUGAAAACGAGCAGGAGCAACUGGCCUGUAUAAUGGAAAUAUUCGGACCCCCUGAAAAGCACCUGAUUGAGAAGAGUACCAGAAAGAAACUCUUCUUCGAUUCUUCUGGGAAACCUCGCCUCACUGUCUCAUCCAAGGGCCGCCGACGGAAACCAAGCUCCACCGACCUCCGCCAAGCACUGAAAUGCGACAAUUCCGUUUUCUUAGACUUUAUUGCCCGUUGCUUAAGAUGGGAUCCAAAUCGCAGACUGACCCCCCGUGAUGCCAUGCAACAUGAAUUCAUUACUGGUAUCAGAGCUCCCCCACGCCCAACUCGAUCGCAUAUGGGGUCCCUGCACCACACCCAUUCCCAGUCUCCCGUCAAGCGAUUCGCAUCGACUGGCAAUGCACUAAAUGGCCGCCCACUUCCAAACCCUCCCUCCAAUGCCAUGAAUAGCGACGGGCCCCGACUCCGAGAUUCGUCAACCAACUCCCCUGUCAAACCUGGUCUACCCAAACGCCACUCUACCUUUCAUCAUACCACCUCAACAUCGGCAACCAACCCCGGGUUGACUCCCAAGCGCUCAUCGAACGUCCCUCCGUCGGGUGGUUCCGCUUUACCUCGGGUAGCGCCAAGGAAUGCCAGUGGGAAACCUGACCUUGCAGCUGCGGCGGCAACAACCAGCUUGAGGACAGGGGUGUAG